AUGAAUGAUCCAGUAUCAGCAGCACCACCACCACCUCCAACUAAACUUGAUAUUAAAACAGAUAAUGUUUAUACAACAGAUGGAACAACACAACAUAUGCGAUCGGUAACAACAACAGGAAAUAAUGUUACAAUUAUCAAUACACCACGUACACCUACUGAUGCACGACUUUAUCAUCCAUCAAUGAUACGAACAACAAGUGUUGAUAAUUCAAAUAAUCCUUCGAAAUCUAUGACAAUCGUUGUUCAAAAUCCUUUUGAUGAUCCUGUACGACAUAUUGAAGAUCCGUCGAAUGAUCCAUCAAAUACGGGUAAAUAUCUUCUUCAUUCACCAUCACCAUCAAAACAACAUAAUAUAAGUAAUGUACAAUCACCACGUACAAUAUCUCGAACUCCUACACCUGGUACUCCACAUCAAAUUUCUGAUGAUGUAUCAAUGUCAUCACCAUCAAUAUCUACCAAUCUACAACGUCAUCCUUCUCAACAAAUACGUCCACAACAAUCAUCUAACAAUGGUACCUUGACAAAUCUAUCAACAGCACGAAAUAUUGUUCCACAACCACAACCAUCGCAACAACAACAAAAUCAAUCUGUUCAACAUCAAGUUCGAUUCAAUCAAGAUCUAUUACUUAAUUAUGGUAUUAAUGUUCCAAUGACAAGACAAUCAUCUCAACCAGGAACAAAUGAAACACCACAAUCUCCACCUAAUUCAACUUCAAUUACAUCACUUAUACCACUACCAUCUCCAUUACCUAAUAAUUUAGGCGUUAAUAUGCAUCAUAUGAAUCAAGCAUCUAUAACACCAACAAUACUUGGUGGAUUUCCUUUACAUCAAUCAUCAUCUCAAUCAACAAGUACGAAUAAUAAUUUUAUUUCUCCACAACAAAUAAAUGUACAAAAUAAAUUAGACAAUCCACAUACAAUUUCACAACAUGGAUCACAUCAUCCACUUUCUUCUGCGACUCAUCAUACAUCAACUGGUAUCUAUGUUAAUACUCGUCCAAUGCUUUCAUCACCAGUAACAAAUGUUACUAGUAUUAAUAAAGGUAAACAACAACCACCACAACAACAACAAAUAAGACCGGGUAUGCCAAUAAAUGGAGCACCUACAGGUCCAUCAGCUGUUGUCUUGCGUUAUCAACCAAUGAUACCAACAUCUCAACAACCACAACAACAUAAUUAUCAAAUGAUGAAAUCACGAAUGAUGCCACCAAAUGCAUUUGGACAACGUGGACCUCCUCCACAACAACCGUCUCAAUUGAUUAUGCAACAACAACAACAGCCUAUUAUUUAUGAUCCUAAUACUCUCUAUCGAACACAACCUCAACCUCCACCGCCACAACAACAACAACAACAACAACAACAAGUUCAGCAGUCGCAACAACAGCAGCAACAACUUCUAACACCACUUCAAUCAAAUCCACAUAUGAAUGAUAGUCUUAUAAAUCAACAAAAACAUCAACAUCAACAAUCAAUGCCACAACAAGUUCUUCAUUUACCACCAGGUGUACUUGCUACAGAUGAUAAUAUUCUUAAAUCUCUAUUACAAAUUAAUCCUCAAGCGAAUUCUGAAGAAAUUGCUGCUACUGCUGCUGCAUUACAAGCACGAAAUAGUAGUAAUACAAUGUCAAAUGGUAUUUCUACUGAUAAUAAUGAUCCAUAUGACAAUUCACAAAUGAAUAUUCAUGAUAAUCCAUCACAUAAUUACUCUAAUAGUCAUAUUCAUUUAUAUAGUCCAUCUAUUAAUACUCAAUCACAUCCAAAUCCUCCAACAUCAACAGUUCCAAAUGUAAAAAUUCCUAAACCACGUAAAAAACGUAAACCUAAUGAUUUAAGUACAUCAUUUGAAGAUGAUAUACCACCAAAAGUACGAAAACGUAAAAAAAAAGGUACAGAAGAAACAGAAAAAUUUGUUGAACAUUCAUUACAACAAUUACGUGAUUUACCUAUGUUAACACCACUUGAACCAUCUAUUGAUAUUAAUAAUGAAUUAUCAUUAUCUUUACCAAUUGAUGUACCUGAAAAGAAAUAUUCAUAUCAAGGUGAAUUUGGUCAUGCUUUUGUUGAAAAUAUCAAUGAUUAUUAUCGACCACAUCGACGACCACCUCUAAAACCUAUACCUUCAACGAUCGCUACAAAUCCUUUAUCAGCACUUGAACGACGUUAUCGUAUAUGUUCCACACUUCUUGAUCAUCCUCCAAGUUUGCCAUCGCCACCUUUAAUUAUUGAUUCAAAUGAUAAACUAUCUAAUUUAUUAAUCAAAGAAGAAAUCAAUGAUAUACGUGAUGAUGAAAGUAUUAUAUCAACAUCAACGAUAGCUGAUGAUGAUGAUAAUAUAUUAAAUAAUAUUCAAACAGAAAAUGCAAAAUUACUUAAAACAUUAUCAUCUAAUCAUGAUUUAAGAUCUUUAAGUCCUGUAUUAAUAUCGAAUGAUAUGUUAACAACAAAGAACAGUGAAUUAUUACCAACAUCUUCAACAGCAAUAUCAACCGUAGAUAUUAAAAAAGAACCUAAUGAUACACCAGUAACAAGUGCACCACCAGGUGGAAAUGAACUUGAAAAGAAAGAUCGACCACUUGUUGAAGGAACUGAUAAGGUAUCGGUUACAUUAACGUUAACAACUGAAGCAGCAAAUAAUGUUCAAAGUGUUAUAGCUGCUGUUGCUGAUUUACUUAAAAUAGCUUAUCCAUCAACAUUUGAUGUUCGUCAAACAUUAAAUAAUAAUAAUUCAAAUGUUCAUUAUUCUUCUUCAACAUUUGAUCAAAAUUGUUCAUGUUCGACAACAUUAAAUAAUAAUCAUUCAAAUCAUUUUUUAUCAUCAUCAUCAUCAACAUUACCUCAACUACCAGCAAUAAGUCGUGGUUCAUCAAUAUAUAAAGUUGGUCGAGAAACAAGUGUUAGUAUUCAAUCAUUAAUUGAAAUGCAACCAAAAUAUUGUCGUAAUUGUACACAACGUUUAACAUCAGAUAAUUUAUUUAAAAAACGUUUAACUGAAUUACCAUCAGCUGUAAGAGAAUUAAUACCUAAUUCAGAACCAUUUGUUUAUUUUUGUAAUGAACAAUGUUUUAAUACUUGUCUAUCGAACACACAUAAUCAACAACAACAGCAGCUACAGCAACAACAACAAGCAUUAACAAUAAAUACUUCAGUCAAUAAUUCACCUACAAUUAAAAAUGAAUCUAUGGAUGCAACGUCACCACCAUGUACACCUAAUGAUUUAAAUGAUUCACCGAAUGGACGACCAAGACGUUUAUCACUUAAACGACGACAUGAUACUCUUAAUAAACCUAAUGGUGAUAAGCGAUGGAAAGAUAUGCGAUGGAAACGAUGGGAUCCAAGUGUAACAUUAAAAACUGUUAUACGACCAUCAAAUACAAAUGAAAUUGAACAAUUAAUAUCUGAUAUGAAAAUACCAUUAUUAUCAAAUGCUACACAAGAUAAACGAAUUUGUGCUUUUUGUAAUGGUAUUGGUGAUAUGACUACGAAUGGACCUGGAAGAUUGCUUAAUCUUGAUGUGGGUCAAUGGUGCCAUUUAAAUUGUGCUUUAUGGUCUGCAGAAGUCUAUGAGACAGUUAGUGGUGCAUUAAUGUUAGUUGAACAAGCAUAUAAACGUUCAAUUAAUACAGAAUGUGCAUCAUGUAAACAAAAAGGUGCCAGUUUAACAUGUUUUUUUCAACGUUGUCCAAAUACCUAUCAUUUUCCAUGUGCUGUCAAUAAUGGUUGUGUUUUUUAUAAGAAUAAAACGAUUAUGUGUCCAGUUCAUGCUUCUCGAACAACUGCUAUAGAUCAAAUACUUGACGAUAAAUCAGUUUUUCGAAAAGUUUGGAUUAAUAGAGAUGAAGUUAAACAAAUUCAGAAUUAUAUGACUGAAGAACAUGAAGAAACAUCAUAUACACUCCGUAUCGGUAGUCUUGUUCUACAUAAUGUCGGUCAACUGUUGCCUCAUCAAUUACAAUCAGCUGUAUUUCAUAAUCGAAAUUUUAUUUAUCCUGUUGGUUAUACUAUCACACGAUUUUAUUGGUCUAUGAAUCGUCCAAAUCGUCGUUGUGCUUAUCACUGUUCAAUAAUUGAUAUGGAUAAUAAACCAAUGUUUCGAAUACGUACACAAGAGAACCUAGAUGAACCAGCACAAGAAUUUCUUGAAUCUACGCCUAAAGCUGUUUGGCAUAAAAUUGUUGAUGAAAUUGAUUCAUUAAGAAGACGACAUGGUCUUGUAAAAAUGUUUUCAAUAUUUGUCAGUGGUGAAGAUUUAUAUGGAUUAACUGAACCACAUAUAAUACGUCUAAUUGAAUCACUACCGGGAGUUGAAAUGUUACAAAAUUAUGCAUUUAAAUAUGGUCGAUUACAAUUACUCGAUAUGCCAUUAACAUUAAAUCCAACAGGUUGUGCAAGAAGUGAACCCAAAUUACAAACUCAUUUUCGACGACAUGCACAAACAUUGACAAGUUCACAUUCAACACGAAGUGCUUUGCCACGAACUGUACUUGGAGUUGAAGGUACACAAAUUCCUUAUGUAAAACAUUUUGUUUUAUCAAAAUCAACUCAAUAUCGAAAGCUAAAAAUUGAAUGGCGUCAAAAUGUAUUUCUUGCUAAAUCACGUAUUCAAGGCUUGGGUUUAUUUGCUGGACGUGAUCUUGAAAAACAUACAAUGGUUAUUGAAUAUAUUGGUGAAUUAAUUCGUAAUGAAGUUGCUAAUAAACGUGAAAAAUUAUAUGAACAACAGAAUCGUGGAAUUUAUAUGUUUCGAUUAGAUGAAGAAUAUGUUGUUGAUGCAACUAUGAGUGGUUGUUUAGCUCGUUAUAUAAAUCAUUCAUGCGAGCCAAAUUCAAUUGCUGAAGUUGUACAGAUUGAAAAAGAUAGCAAAAUUAUAAUCAUAACAAAUCGACGUAUUGCUAAAGGUGAAGAAAUAAUGUAUGAUUAUAAAUUUGAUUUUGAAGAAGAUUCAAAAAUUCCGUGUUUAUGCGGUACAACUAAUUGUCGGAAAUGGAUGAAUUAA